AGGCGCCAACCACGUCUUGACGACCACCAGCCAACUCACAAUGUCCAACAUUCUCCGUGUCUUUUCGAAGCAUGCACGCUCAUUGUCACAGCCGCCUAAAAUCCGUGCUAUCGCACCCAGGCGUUUGUUUCACUCGCCCUAUGUCGUGCUCAACUCACCAUUGACAUCACCACCGAGCUCUGCUUCGAACGUGUCGCCAAUGUCGGCGUCAUCGUACGAGAAACAGCAUGACCACUCUCCUGAACCCCAAAUAUCAUCAGCUGGCACGCGCACUUAUGUGGUCUCAGAGCCUGACCCAGCCAAUACCCCUUAUGCCGUGCCGUCAGGCGCAUAUCCCACAACAGCGCCUUAUGUCAAUUUCAAACCCACAGACGCGCCCAACCCUGAGGGGAAAUAUAGUUCAAGUAGCGCGAGCCUUCCUCACCCUUAUACAACUCGUGCUGUUCCUCAAAAUGCAGAUGGCAUUGGCGAAAGCGCCUCAGUGAGAUAUGGAGAAGCACCCGGUGAGAUGGGUCGCAGAGGGGGGAGCUACGGAGGGCUAGGCUUGAUGGAUGAAACUGGCACACACAAGGGCGCCGCAGAGCUUCCCGACAGAAAUCCAUCCCCUGAUUCAGAUGUGGCCCUGCGUUGGUCCAAACUAGGCGUAGAGGAUGCAUGGAAAGAGCGGAAAUAGAUUGUGGGGUCGUGUGGAGGAAUGUCGCCAUUGAGUCAGGCGAUCGACUUUGAAACGUGAAUCGGUAUCCAACUGCAUUGACUUUAAUAAUUUCGAAGGCUGUACGAUAGUGAUAUGAUUCUGCUGCAAUGCCUGGUCUUUGAAUGUAUAUUAUUUCUCUUGCGCUGACAUCGGGCUGCGGAAUAUGAAUAGCGAAG